GUGAGGGCCACGCCUACCAGCAGAUGUUCCCUAUAUAAUGGCGAGAAUUGAUUGGCAACGCACAGAGAUCAUCUGAUACUAGUCCCGUCAACAUGUACACCAAGGUCCUCCUGAUCACUCUGGGCUUCGCUGCCCUGGCUUAUGCCGCCCCUGGUUUCUCCUCCGAGGAAUCCUUCGAGUCCGGCGAGGCCAAGUACAACUUCAACUGGGCCGUGAGAGACGAGUCCUCCGAGAACGACUUCGGACACCAGGAGGCCCGCGACGGAGAGAACACCCAGGGAUCCUACUACGUCCACCUCCCCGACGGCCGCCUCCAGAAGGUGUCCUACCACGUUGAUGGGGAUGACGGUUACGUGGCCGCAGUCUCCUACGAAGGAGAGGCUCGAUUCCCCGACUCCGCCUCAUACGAGUCCAACGAAUCUAAAUAAGCGAAAUGCUGUUUAAGAUGACGAUUUAGCUAGUUUUUUUUCUGAUAAAUUAUUGACAAAUCUAUUUAUGGCCAUUUGUGAAUAAAUGAGAGAAAGGUU